AUUUUUUCGAUUUGGGUCGGGCUAAGCCGGCGCAAGUAGUUACUAGUACUACAUCCAGUUCCAGUCGAUUUGUACGUGUCUAACGGAUUCAAAGUGCCGCAGGCCCGAAGCAGACGCGAAGCCCAAAAGAUCGCGAUUCGUUCCCUCCUUGAUCUUCCUGCGUUAACGCUUCUCUGUGACUCUGUCUGGCCAGCCACGUAGAUCCCGAUGCUGGCCCAUCUCUGUGAACGUGUCACGUCAACAAGAACGCAUACGGAGGCAGUUCAAUAAAGUUCCACUUGUUCGGUACUCGUCCAACAUAUCUCAAAAGAGAACGACAAGGAAAGAGGGAAGAGAGAACAAAAUCAAAAUUCAUAAAUGGAGUUACAGAACCCCUCACACAGGUCAGGGCAUGUUUAGAUUUCAUAUUACUAUUUAUCAAGGAGCUUGACUUGGGCUUGUCUGAGUGAGCUUGUGCCAACAGAAUUAAAAGUGGUUAUAGAACCAGGUGGAUGCGGAGCUAACAAACUCUGUGGAACAGUCAGUCCGUUGGGAAGAAACCCCGGAGGGGGGGGGGGGUCGUGAGAUACCCUACAGGUUUAGCCAUUCAAGUGCUCAGGAAACCUCGAUAGCAGGUCAAAUUUGUAUAGAUCUCUCAGGGAGGAACUAUUUGAUGGCGGUUUUCCCCUUUAUCUACCUAAAUAUCAGGUGGAAUCGGCCAGUGUAAUAUGCUACAACUUCAAUUUAUCCAUAUCAAGCUACAAAGUUUUUUUGGUGGAAUAUGUCUGUGAAAUGGAUUCAAUUCACAAUUUAGCCCUUCAAGGUGCAUACAAGAAUGUUCACCUACCAGCUAUUAUGAUUGGAGGAUGCUUUGUCCUUGUUGCAUUGGUCUUGUCUAUCCUACUAAUAUUCCAGCAUCUAAGAUCAUACACCAAUCCUGCGGAGCAAAAGUGGAUUGUUGCAAUUGUUUUCAUGGUUCCUGUCUAUGCUAGUGAGUCUAUCUUGUCCUUGUGGAACCCAAGAUUUUCUCUUGCUUGCGAUAUACUGAGGAAUUGCUAUGAAGCAUUUGCUCUGUAUUCUUUCGGAAGCUAUUUAAUUGCUUGCCUUGGUGGUGAAGAAAGAGUCAUAACACUUCUGGAAACUGAAUCAAGAAAAAAACUCACCAAGCCGUUGCUAGAAGACAAGAAACAAGCAGUGCAAAAGAGAUCAUUUCUCAACUUUUUCAUCCGGCCAAGUGUGCUUGGAAAAGACUUGUACACUGUUGAAAAAUUUGGUCUUGUGCAAUAUAUGAUUUUGAAGACAGUUUGUGCUUUCUUGGCCUUGCUAUUAGAGAUCCUUGGUGUUUAUGGUGAUGGAGAGUUCAAGUGGUACUAUGGGUACCCAUACAUAGCAGCAGUUCUGAACUUCAGUCAAAUGUGGGCUUUGUAUUGUCUUGUUCAGUUCUACAAUGUGACGCAUGACAGACUCCAACCAAUAAAGCCACUUGCAAAGUUCAUUAGCUUCAAGGCUAUUGUCUUUGCUACUUGGUGGCAAGGUGUUGGUAUUGCCAUAUUAUGUGCAUUCGGUGUAUUACACAAGGAGGGAAAGUUUCAAAAUGGCCUGCAGGAUUUCCUUAUCUGCAUAGAAAUGGCUAUUGCAGCUGUUGCUCACAUAUUUGUCUUCUCAGCAAAGCCUUACCGUUUCCUGUCUGUUUCUGAGUAUGGAAAGGUCACCACCCAAGAAACUAAAACCAUGAUGAAGUUGCAGGAGGGUGACAUGGAGAAACCGGCUAUCCUUGAUAGAACAGAAACUCAUAAUGAGGCUCCUGGUACAAGUAUAAGAGAAAGCGUUCAGGAUAUUUUUGUUGGCGGCAGUGAACACGUUGUCAAGGACGUUGUGUUGACCAUAAACCAAGCAAUAGAACCUGUAGAGAAGGUUGGGACAAGGAUACAAGAGACAUUUCACCACAUCUCAUUAGGAUCUGGUAAGAAGGAAGAAUGUUCAGAGGCAGAAGUUGAAAAACAUGUUGAUCGGGAAAAUAUCGCAAGAAGUGAGUCUAAAGUGAGCAAGUUUUGAAAAACAAAAAAAAAAGGUAAUCGUUCAAGACAGAGGUGAAGUUGAUGGAUGAACAAAACCAAACCAUUAUGAAACUGCUUGAGUGCUCUACUGAUAAAUUUUGUAUGCAGCAGUCAUGUGAACUGCAGGGAAGUUUAUGAUAUUAGCCUGCCCCAGAGAACUCCUAUGAGCUAUCAGCAUCUUAAUCACCAGAACCGUGGCAAAGGAACGAAGUUCUGCUUCUGUUCUGAUGGCAUCUAGAGUUUUGGAGCAGAAACACCACAAUAUCGCACUCUUAAAAAUCUUUAGAACUGCAUUUGCCAAUGUCUUGAUUUGCACCAUACCAUGGUAAAGCCGCCAUUGAUGGGCUUCUCGCCUUUAUACUCUAGGCUCCAGCUCCCCACCCCAGCUCUCACUCUCUCUUGCAAACCUCGGAAGAAUGUUGCAGACAUUGAGCACCCUACUGAUGAACAAGUAUUGUACUAACGCUUGAAAUUUUGAUUUUUUUCAAGCUGACGUUAAACCUGAUUUUUUCAGGCUGACCUUCAA